AUGAUUUUGUCGAUCGCAUUGAUCAAGUCUCUCUUCACGGAGGAUGGCAGGGCUAAAAGCUGGAAGAGAGUCGUAAUAGACAGUGUCAUAGCAUGGCUCGUUUCUCACGUCAACAGAAGACAAGUUCGUGGUGUCUUUGGUGAAACUGGAGCAGUAUACAGGGAUUUUGUCAAGGCAAAGAGGUUGACUCCAGAAGUCGAGGAGCUUGGCUAUGACUCAAGGCUGUUUUGGCUCGGACCUAGGAAGUCGGAACGCGUCAUUCUCUACAUGCAUGGCGGGGCAUUCUUAUUCGGGGCUUUCCCAUCAACUCCAUACUUCUGGACCCACAUCCGAGAUGUCAUCGCAAAUAACGGGAAGGAAGUCGACGUUGCUAUGCUGAAUUACACUUUAGUCCCCGACGCAAUGUUCCCUACCCAGCUAAAACAAGCAGUGCUUGCCAUUCAGCAUCUUAUUUCAACAGGAAUAAAGCCGGAGAACAUACAACUCGCUGGAGAUUCCGCUGGAGGCGUUCUCAUUCACGAAGUCCUCUCUCAUAUGCUUCAUCCCGUACCAGACGUUCCCAGUCUGGUUUUAUCGGCCCCAUUGGGUGGGGCAUACCUUAUGUCUCCCGCGUGUUCUCUGAAGGACAGUCCACUGCUUCGAAGUAAUCAAGGUAGAGGUGACAUCAUUACGACACCCACCGUCAUUUACUGGGGGUCAAAACUCUUUGAAGGCGUCCCAGAAUUCGGAAUACCUUACCUUGAAGGAAAUAGUGCUCCUGAAGAUUGGUUUAAGGGCGUUGAUAAGGUUGUCAAACGUAUUCUCAUCAGCGCCGGGGAUGCAGAAAUUUUUCGAGACGCUAUCAUCAAGUAUACAAAAACAAUUGAGAAGCAUCACAAAGACGUUACAUUCUUCCUCGAAAAACAUGGAGUCCAUGAUGAUCCAUUCCUACUCUUCCUUGUUGGGGAGCCCAACAGGGGAAAGUUGACCCCAUUUAUAAUCGACUGGUUGGACAAGGGCUUCAAUGCAUAG